AUGCCGCCAUCUAGUCCCAAGUUAAAUUACACUUGGCUAGGAUACCUCAGUGCAGUUGGCGCCGCGCUUCUCACAGCAGCGAAGAAAGAAGAUGAUGAGAGUGAACCAUGGCUGCACGAAUUACCAGCCGCAUGGCUCUGCUGGGCUAUCCUGUGCACUUACUACAUUGGAAAACGGUACCUUUUCCACGGCCGGUUCCUUGACGGGGACGGCAUAAGAGGCCGAGAUUUGACCUCACUCGCUCGCUUGUGGGCUAUCUCCAUUGCGAUUGUCGCAUUCACAUUUGCCUCCUCGUUCUCAGGGGAAGCCUCGUGGCUACUGAGUACUCUUCGUAUUGACGGUAUCUCUCGCCCUACACGGCCAUGCACCCAGGUUCACAUCUACCGAAAUCUUGAUCUCGUUUUUGUCGGCCUCAAAAUGGAUCGCAAUAUUCUCAAUGGUGUGUACAAUAUCGUUUCCUUGGCCCUCGGGGUAUCUGGCAAUGCCUCUGCUUCGGCAAGCACUCUAGAUUCAUUUGCUCAGUUUUCAGUGCAGGCAAUAAAUCUUAAGCAGGCCAAUGAAUUCCCCGUCCUGUUUUUGUCAGCCGGAGUAUCCUUAGUACAAGGCAUGGUCACUCUCCCUAAAGGCAUGCAGUAUCGAAACUGGCUGGCUCUUCUUUUGAUGAUCCCGGCUACCGGCUUUCUGCUCCAGGAGACAUCCGUAGACUUUGGGUAUUCUCUCUAUGACGGAAUGGUUGGGCGUGUUGCAGAUGUCUCGAUUCACCCCAUACAGCAACUUGCAUCUGAGGCCAUGAAAAAACACCAUGAUAUGGUGGCGGGGCAAUCCAAAACGCUUGAGGCUGCAAUUAUUGAAUAUGAACGCCGAUACAGCCGAAAGCCUCCGCCUGGCUUUGAUGUAUGGUAUAAAGCAGCAGAACACAAAGGUUUCAUUCUCAUUGAUGAAUUCGAUUCGUUAAUGGAAGGGCUGAAGCCAUUCUGGGGUGUCCCUCCCGCCGUUCUUCGUGCACGCGUAGCUGCGGCAACGCAGAUAUCUGGCUCAAGACUCAUUCGCUAUUCUGUGAAGGAUAAUUCCCUGAUAGCUGAAAAUGAUGGUGAGGCUACUUGGAUAACAGACCAGCUUAGAAUUUGGUUUACCUCUGAUGUGUUGAAAACUCUGCCUGACUUAGUGUUUGCUCUUAAUUUACUUGAUGAACCGCGAGUUGUGGCUCCCUAUGAGGGCCUGGAGAAGGCUCUCGGAGCCAUGUCUUCGACAGAGGACUCGGGAUCUUUCUCGAAUGCGAUUAAAUUCAAAAUGGCUAACGCCUAUGAUCUAUGGGAUAGCAUGACAUUAUCCUGUGACCCGAAAUCUGCAGCUAGAAACGGCCCGACCAGGUUCAAGCUCCCACGCAAGGGUCUAGGUAGCAGCUUCGUCUCCAAUACUACCAUUGCCCGAGAUGUCUGCUCCAUGCCUGAUCUCCAAGUUCAACAUGGAUUCUUCAUUACACCAGAGACAGCAAGCAUAGCGCAUUCAAUAGUUCCUAUCUUUUCGCAGGCCAGACCUUCGAGUUUUCAGGAUAUUAUUUUCCCAAGCGUGUACUAUGGCGGGAGACUAGAGAUGCACGAAUAUCAAGAAAGCCAGGACAUGGAGUGGGAUGAGAAAGAGAAUGUUGUUUACUGGGCAGGUUCGUCAACGGGAGGCCAUACAAAUAUUAAUAACUGGCAGAUGUUUCACCGCCAACGGCUGGUGCUCACUAUCUCCAACAACGCUACAAGGGUCGAACUUAUGAAAAGGAUCCUCGAAAAUCCUCUAAAGGAUAGUAACACUACAUCUACUUGGCGCAUAUAUACAUCUAAAAUGGAGCAAAUUGUAUCGAUGCUCAAAAUCCGAAUCUCAGCCGUCAUCCAAUGCGAGGACGACGCAUGUGAUGCACAAAAUGCCGCUUUCCGACCGGAAGAGCAGCCAAAGGAUGAUUUUCAAGCGACAUAUCGAGCCCGGUAUAAUUUGGACGUUGACGGCAACGGUUUCAGUGGACGUUAUCUUCGUGGUCUUCUGUCCAACUCUGCCAUGAUGAAGCAAACAAUAUUUAAAGAAUGGAUAGAUGAUUGGCUAACGCCUUGGGUCCAUUAUAUACCGGUCAGCAUGGACCUUGUGGAAUUCCCUGAGUUGGUACGGUUCUUUACCUCUGAGCCAGAAGGACAGGCGAUAGGGAAGAGAAUUGCGAUGGCGAGUAAGGAUUGGUCGCGCAAAGCAAUUCGAGCGGAUGAUUUGAAACUUGCACUAUGGCGCGUAAUGCUAGAGUACGCGCGGGUUAUGAGCGAUGAGAGAGACUCCAUGCAGUGCUGUUCUUAA